CCCCGUCUGUUGUAUGCUGUAUGCAACCCCACCUCACGCCUGCUGCCGUGGUUCGGCCAAUGGCGCCGUGGUGGAGCUCGCGUGGGAUGAGCCCGGAUCAACCCCUCAAUUGACGCUAUCACGCUGUAACGAAUUGAAUCCGCAGUCUCUUCACAUCCUGCGAGCUUGGCUGGCCUCCCGCCUUAGUGUCGGCUGCUGGUUGACAUUCCUCUCUUUUGUCCUCUGGGCGAGCCCAAGAAACAUUCUGUCCGUCACAGCGUUUCUAAGAAACGUCGCGAUGGAGCUGUUCUUGACCAAUGUGCCCGCUCAUCUGUCCGAUGACCGGCUCAGGACCGAGCUUGAGCCCCACACAAGAGUCUUGGGUGUUGUCGAUUGGCUCUGCGAUAAACCCAAGGGAAAGGCUCAUGCCUGGAUCUCUUUCGUUUCCGAAGCUGAGGGGAAGAGGUUUCUGCAAAAGCACGAGAGCGUCAAUACUCCGACGCAGCCAAAGAUAUUCCAAAAUGACAAGAGGUCGUCUCAGUCCAAGGCCAAGGGUGUGGCAAGACUACAUAUACUCAAGACUCCUAUCUAUGUCAAGAAGAGCAAGAGAGAAGUCGAUAAAUUCACGCUUCAGGCUCUAGAGUAUCAGAAGGACCAGCGAAAGGAAUUGGCUGAGGACCUCAGCAGAAGGGCUUCAAAAGACUCAAACAACAGCAAAAACAACACCAACACCAACACCAACAGCAGCAGCAACACCAACAACAACAACAAUAGCAGCAGCAGCAACAACAGCAGCAGCAACAGCAACAGCAACUCCACCAUCAGCACGCCUAUCCGUGGCAUCUCUUGCGGCAAAAACAUAUUCGCAGGCGAGUCUGAUACUCUGGUGUUUGUCCAGCAGAGCAGUAGCAAUGUUAAAGGCGUUGCAAAGUUUGGCCGCCGCGCCUUGAUCCUCACACUCGGACAGGAAUUCCGAGUCGACAUUGCCUAUGACACCAUUCAAGAUCUCAUAGCCGGAGUAUCUGAUAACUCGUUGACUUUCGUCUUAUCCGAGACUCCUAGGUUCUACGAGGUGCAGGCAGCCACGCCAACGCAGCCUGGACAUGCUUCACAUUUUCCGAAAUGGGAACGGCAAACGCACAUAAGCACAUGGCCUGCUCACGAUAAAUAUGUAGCUCAUUGUCUAGUCUACCAGAUAACACUGGCUUCGCAUUACGCGGAAACCCUCGAAACGCUAAAGUCUCGGAAUGUCAUUGCUGUCACGAGACAAAAUUUGCCUGUACUGAGGAACCCUAAGCCCUUUGACCAAGAUUACACUACUAGUAUGAGCAGGUUCGAAGGCUCUAUUGGGAGUGCUGGUUCAGGGAGAACAAAAUUGCUGCCAUUUGCUAUCCUGUUCCAAGUCCAGGCAUUAGUGUGGAACAACUACUUACAUCCAGCCAUCGCGACCAAGCUGCUUCACCUCAUGACUUCAGUAGCCAGAGACUGCAAGAGAUCGGGCACUCCGCUACCAUUCACUACCGAUGCCAUGAAACAACUGUAUCAGAAAAUCCCAUAUCCUUGUCCUGGAACUGAGCCCCAAGAUCUUUUUGAGGGGGAGCUGGCAUCCAUCGUUGUCGAAGCUGAACGGGCUCUCCGUAACGAGGACCAAAAACGAACCUUACACUACGGCGCACAGCUACCUAGACACCAAGCUUGGAUUUUGAAAGCAAUGGUCACUCCAACUCGCAUUACGCUGCAUGGUCCGGACGCCGAGAGCAUGAACAGAGUCUUGCGAAUGUUCCCAAAUCACUCGGAUUACUUUAUGCGAGUCAUAUUUGGGGAUGAAGAUGGCCAGGACUUGGCCCUGACCUCAAACGUCAAGAACACAUUAGUCUUUGAGCGAUACAGAAAGAUCCUCAAGGACGGAAUUCAGGUUGCCGGUCGAAAAUUUGAAUUCUUGGGCUUUUCACAUUCAUCUUUGCGUUCACAUUCCGCAUGGUUUGUUGCAGCCUUUGUUGACGAUUCAAUGAACCUUCAGAAUAACGACACCAUCAUCAAAUCACUCGGCGACUUUAGCGAUAUUCGCAUUGCCGCAAAAUGCGCAGCGCGCAUUGGCCAAGCUUUCUCCGAGACUCCUUACGCUGUGCCAAUCUUGAAAUGUGGCAUCAACAUCGAGUACAUUGACGACGUCAAGACUGCAGAUGGCAAGCGCGUUUUUAGCGACGGCGUCGGAACCAUCUCGUGGGAUGCCAUGGAGGAGGUAUGGGACCAUCUCCCGAAAGCCUCGUCAGAAGCCACCUGCGUUCAGGUCCGCCUAGGGGGGAUCAAGGGCAUGCUCUCGCUUGACUCUCGUUUGAACGGAAAAGUCAUUUGUGUGCGGAAAGAAUCCAUGAUGAAGUUUCCCAGCAAAGACCAGACGGAAAUGGGCAUCUGCGACACUGCCUCCAAGCCGAUGCGCACGUAUUUGAAUCGCCAAACCAUCAAGAUUCUAGAGGACAUGGGAACAAAUUCUGAAUGGUUUAUAGAUCAGCAGAACAAGGCACUCAACGUACUACGAAACGUCACUACCACAGCGGCAAACACUAGCACUUUUUUGAAGAAUCAGAUGGUCGGUACCACUGCGGGCCUUCCCAGGCUCAUAAGAUACCUCAGUACAAUUGGAAUCGAUUAUCGCCGAGAAAGGUUUAUGAAAAAGGUCGUGGAUCAUACCAUUUUGCGAGAGCUGCGUCUGUUAAAGCACAAGGCCCGGAUUCCCGUGGACAUGGGAGUCACUCUCUUUGGUGUUAUGGAUGAAACAGGCUUCCUAGAAGAGGGCCAGAUUUACGUUACCUUUAAUGAAAGCCAUGACCAUCUCCAGGGUCGAGUCAAACGGUCGCUCAAGGAUGGGACCGUUCUCGUAACUCGCUCGCCCGCCCUUCACCCUGGAGAUAUUCAACUUGCGCGAAUGACGACACCACCACAGGGGCAUCCGCUUCGCAAUUUAAAAAACUGCGUCGUCUUCAGCCAGAAAGGGAGCCGCGAUUUACCAAGCCAGUUGAGCGGAGGAGAUCUUGAUGGAGACUUGUACAAUGUCUUUUGGGAUCCUUUUGUGAUCCCCAAACAAUAUUUUGGCCCGGCAGAUUACCCAAGAGUGAAGCCGCCGGAACUGGAUCGAGCGGUGACGCGCGAUGAUAUUGCCGAUUUUUUUGUCAAAUUUAUGGAAGCAGACAUCUUGGGCAUCAUUGCCAACAGGCAUCAGAUGCUGGCUGAUUACCAGGACGAAGGAACGCUAAGCGCAGACUGCGUCGACCUCGCGGAGAUGCAUUCGACUGCGGUCGAUUACUCCAAGACCGGUAUUGCAGUCAGGCAUCAAGACAUGCCAAAGCCACCACGGAUGCGGCCGGAUUUUCUCGCCCCCGCACCUCCGACUCGUUUGUUUGAUCGUGGUGAGAUUGACCACAUCGGAGAUCCAAAUGAAAACGAAGAUGACGAAGACGGAAUGGGAAUGGCCAAGCACAAAUACUACAAGUCGUUGAAAAUACUGGGCGAGCUGUACCGCGGCGUGGACGAGAAGAAAAUCUGGGCCAAUGAUGUCCAGCGCCCUGUUGACAUGAGCGGGCCGCCGCUGUGGGAUCAACUAAGCAUCCAUGUGCGGAAUGCCUUGUGGGAAGAGGGAUAUUCCACGUUGGAUAUUGACUAUAGGCGUCAGAUUGACCAUGCGUGGAAAAUUCGCGAUCUGUACGAAUCAUCCGUCUCCAACAACAUGUGGCAGUUUUCGUCCAACCCCCGCGUCCCCAUCACAGAAGUGGAAGCUUUUUGCGGUUCAAUCUUGAAUCCCAAGGGUAGCCAGACCAGGCGAGAACGGGACUCGUCCAUCAAGCUGAAAGAUGAGAUGGACAAUGUCAUGAGCCAUAUGGUGAAACUCAUCAGUGAUCGCAGCGGAGGGGUCACAAACGCAGAUGACGCCUUAUCCGUCAUGAGCGACGACGAUGAAAUAGGCGAAAGGAGGGCGAUGAAUGCGAUAGAAUUGUCCUGGGCAUGUAUGAUUGUGGGCAACGAUAAGGCUCUGGACAAGAAUUAUCGUCAGGACGAGUUAAAGCUGGAGAGCUUUCGAGUGGUGGCGGCGUGCUGCCUGGUGAAGGAGCUGAAUGAGCUUUUGACGAGGAAGAACUGGGGGCGGAUGUUGAAGACGAGCGGGGGGUUUGUUGGGGUGUCGUCGGGCAACCGCAAUCGACAGCAUGGGCCGUUGCCGAUACGAUGAUGAUGAAGGUAGAUUGUUUUUUGGGUAUUCUGAUGAAGUUAUGACUCAACGUACUCUGUACGUGAUUGGAGAUGUGUGGCUAUGUUAUGGUAUGUACUGAACGGGUAAGGAGAUUAUGGUACAGAAUGACAACAACAACUUGACAGUCUUAUUUCUAGCCAGUCUUUAGCAUCAUGGCUACUAGUGAAAAGAAUAAAAUUAAAAAUAGUUUAGUCAAAAUGAUUAUCGGUAUAAGACGGAAAAA